AUGAAGUCCUUCGCUACCUCGCUCGCGCUUGCCGCGCUCAUCGCCAGCACCACCAUGGUCUCGGCCUCCAACCUCGGACAGUCGGACGUUGCCAGGGUCGUCCGUCGUCACAACCACAGGCACCACGCUCGCAGCACCUGCUCGUCCACCAAGAAGGCCGCGGCCAACGUCAAGAAGCCUAGCGCCUCCAGCUCUGAUUCCAGCUCCGAUUCCAGCUCGCAGUCUCAAUCCGAGGCCAACUCCUCCUCCUCCCCGUCGUCUUCUUCUUCUUCUUCAUCAUCAUCGAGCAGCAGUUCGGCCCAUGGCGACACCUCUGGCGGCAAGCUCGGUCUGUGCUGGGCCAACGCAAACGGUAUGCCGAUCAACAACUUUGACCUUGGUUCCACCUCGUGGUUCUACUCGUGGGAUGCCACGCCUGGUUGGGACGCUGCGCCUGUGGACAAGCUCAUGUACUGUCCCAUGCUCUGGGGUUGGAAGAACACCGACUCGUUCCAGAAAAACGUGCUCGACAACCUCGACUCCAAGUUCAACCAGCACAAGUGCGCCAUGGGCAUGAACGAGGUCAACCAGCAGGGUCAGUCGGACAUGAGCGCCUCCGACGGGUGCAAGCUCGUCGAGCAGUACCUCAUGCCCCUCAAGGAGAAGGGAUGGUACCUCAUGGGUCCUUCGACGACCAAUGCUCCCGAUGGAAAGACCUGGUACCAAGACUUCCAAAAGACCUGCCCCGACGCGUUCAAUAAGCUCGACUCCAUCGCCAUCCACUACUACGGUACUUCCACGGAUGACUUCAAGAAGUACCUUCAGGACUGGCACACCACCUUUGGGAAGGAUAUUUGGGUCACCGAGUUUGCGUGCCAGAACUUCUCGGGCGGUGCCCAGUGCAACAAGGACGACACCAACGCCUUUGCCAACGAGAUGACCAGCUUCAUGAACCAGCAGGACUGGAUCAAGGGCUUCGCACCUUUUGCUGUCAUCCAGAACCUCCAGGGCGUCUCUGAGACCCAGCGCCUGUCGAACGGCAACAACCCCACCUCGCUCUUCCGCACGUACGCGGGCCUUUAG